GCGGCGCUUCUUCAGUUAUAUAUCAGUCUUAAAAAUGACACUAAUCACAUCAGUAACUUGUAACUAUCUUAAUAAUCUGUUAGAGAAGGAGGCGGAGGCAAGUGGCAGACAGCAGGCGUCAGGCGGCGACGUUCAGAUCGUCCACGAACGAGUUGCUGCAACCUCCGCACUCCUAGGGCUCAAACGAUUUUCCGAGUGCGCCUAUCCAGAAAGACAAGAACAGUGGUCCUAGUACGAAUAUUUGUGAUAAUCGUCGAUAAUCGAUAAUCAAAAUUUAUAUUAAAAUUCGCGCAUUACGUAUUAUCGGGCGUAAAGAUACUAAGGCGAUUGUGACAAAUAUUCGUGCUAGGUGCACUGAGCGGUGGAUUGAAUUCAAAGAACGUCGUUGGCCACGCUGAGCCAUGCCGUACAUAAAGCUAGGUGCACGCGCCGCCGGCUCACUCCACAGCCUACCUCGCAGCUGACAGCCUCUCUGUACGCCUUCGUCACACUGCGGCCGACGUAGCUGCCUACAAGUUUAGGCUAAGUUCAGUUGGCGCGAGAUUGUGUGUGAAUGUUGUGCUAAUAUUUUGAGAUUUUUUUGUGCUUUUGUCGCGCGAUGACAGCAGGAAUGGGCGCGGCAAGGCUAGCCGCAGUGCGCGGUGCGGCCCGACAGCUGCUGUUGGUUGUGCUCAUCAACGUGCCGACGGUGUCGUUCGGGCUGGCGCUGGGCUGGGUGUCGCUGGCGAGCGGGGAGAGCGGCGAAGGCGCGGUAGUCGCGGCCGUCACCACCUUCGCGGCGUCACUGCUGGGCGUGCCGCUCAGCGCACACGCGCUCACUUACGGCAGGAAGUUCGCAGUCAUAGCCACCUCUGCCACCUUCGUAGCGUGCUGGGCGCUGAAGCUGUCGGGCGGUGCGUGGUGCGUGCUGGCGGCGCGCGUAGCGGCCGGCCUGGGAGCAGCCGCCACCUGGGGACAGGCGCCGCUGCUCGCGCAGGAGAUGUGCAGCGCGAGGUGGCGCGGUGCAGCGGCGGCGGCGUUGGUGCCGGCACACAACCUGGGCGUGCUCCUCAUGUACCUUGCCGCGCAGGCGCGUCUGCCGCACGCAACAGUGUUAUGGUGGUGCCUGGCGCUCUCCGUUGUCCACUGCUUCGCGUUUCUGCUUAUGCCCGAGUCACCUGCAUUCCUCGCCGCCAGCGGGAAACUUGAAGUAAGUGCGGCGGAACGGGCACUGCGCUGGUUACGCGGCGCGCCGGCUGCUGGGACACUGCGCGAUGAGCUGGCCACGCUGCCCGCGCCCGACGCCGGCGGCACCUCCUGGUAUGCCCUCGCCAAGGACAUGAUGAGCGAUAAGUGCCGGCGUCGCGCUUUCCUCAUAGGCGGGUUUGCGGUAGUGGGGCAGGAGAUGUGCGGCGUGCUCGCUCUACUGCAGUACGCCGAGCGCGUGUUUCUGCUCGUGCAGGACGCGGGCGGCGACGGGACCCGCGCGGGCUCGCUCUCGGCAGACAACGUGACGCACGCGGUGGUGGCAGAGCGGGUGCUGGUCUCGCCCGCGGGGCACGCCGUUAUCCUUGGCGCUGUGCAGCUCGCCGCCUCCGUCGCGGGCCUCUACCUCGUAGAACGUCUCGGCCGCAGGCCGAUGAUCGUGUGGUCGGGGGUGACGACGGGGCUGGGAUUGGCGCUCGGCGCCGCACUGCUGCCGCUGCGCCCGCUGGCGGUGCUGGGCGGCGUGGCGCCAGCCGGCCUCGCGUUAGCCGUCGCCGUCGCCGCGGACUCCGCAGGCCUGCAGCCCGCACCCUACGCUCUGCUAGCCGACAUGUUUAAUUACAAGUACCGGGGCUGCGCAGUGCUGCUGGUGACGGCGGCGGGCUGCGUGGCCAAUGCGCUGGAGGCGGCGGCGUUCCCGCUGGCGGCGGCGCUGGGCGGGCUGCGCGUGGCGCUGGCGCUGGCCGCGGCGCUCACGCUGGCCUACGCCGGCGUCGCGCACUGCCUCGUGCCCGAAACGCGCCGUCGCACCCCUCGGGAGAUCUACGCAGCGCUCUGCCCGCCGAGCUCCGAUAAACGAACGCAUCUACGCAACCUGCCGCGCUUCAAUAUAUUCACAUUGAAAGAUACUUUUAGCAGUUGUAGAAUCGAAAAAGGUGACGGUUACGUGAAUGGUGAUAUAGAUUCAAAGGGGAAAAAAAUUAAUAAGGAACACGAUGCGAAUGUAAAAAAAGUGAAAGAAGAUACGACGACGACGGGUGACGGGUGCGAGGUCGCGGGGCUCGGGGCGGCGGAGUGCGUGCAACACGUACCGCGGUGUCGCGAUGUCGUGCCGCCGCGACCUCGGCGCCACGCCACUCGAUGCGACGCAGCCGACCGUACAGCAGCACUUGUUCGUUCAGACAAAGCAUUGCGCAGCAUAUUUACAGAGGGUAGAUAUGGUGGUCGCCUAACAUUGCUUCAAAUGGGGCUGUUGGAUCGCGUUUCGGGCUGGCUGAGCGGCGGGCGCACGCGGGCCACCGUGCUGGUGCUGGGCCUCGACAACAGCGGCAAGAGUUCGCUGCUGCGUGCGCUGCGGCCGCACGACUCGCCGGCCACGCACGGAGACCACUUUUCCAGCGGCGGCGUGACGUUCGAGGCGCACGAGGCGCCGGGGGCGGCGCGAUUGCGCGCGCUGUGGGAGCGGCACUUCUCGAAUGCCGACGCCAUCAUAUUCGUGGUGGACGCGGCAGACCAUCUGCGCCUAGUGGUGGCGCGAGAGGAGCUGCAGCUGGCGCUGGCGCACCCUGAGCUGCGCGCGCGCCGUUUGCCGCUUCUUGUGCUGGCCAAUAAGAGCGACGCGCCGCACGCGCUCUCCACAGCGCACGUCGCUGCCGCGUUGGGACUGGAGCGCGUAACGGACAAGCCGUGGCAUGUAUGCAGCAGCAGUGCUGUGUGCGCUGGGGGCGCCGGGCUGGCCGACGGCGUCAGCUGGCUGGCGCGCCAGCUGCGCGACGCUGCUGUGCAUGGCCACUAGCGCGAUUUAAGAGCAAAUCAGCCGGUAAUUCGUAAAUUGCGAAGUCUACUGCGAGUAAAAUGAAAUUGUGACAUUGAAAUACUAUGGAUACAAAAUCUGUCGGCUGUCGGUUGUGCAAAUGAAUGAUUAAAUAAAACUUUUCUUGUAGCACACUGACUAUUGCUCUGCGAAAGACAAUCGUCAUGGAAGCAAAGUAUAGCGUGAUUAAAAUUUCUACUUUCUCCAAAAACUUAUAUUAUUUUUUUACAAAGUUGCAGUUACCAGUUAACCUUGC